AUGCACGUGUUAAAAGCUCUCAUCGUCACCUCUACGCUCACCUUCCCAGCCCUAGGCCAGCUGGACAGUUGGGCCAAGGCUGCCGGGCUCAAGUAUUUUGGGACGGCGGUGGAUAACCCAUCUCUCAACAACCAAGCGUACAUGAAGAUUGUGCGUGAUGCCGACGAGUUUGGACAGAUCACGCCUGCCAAUGGACAAAAAUGGUCCAACACCGAGUCCGGUCAGGGUCGCUUCUCGUAUGGCACUGGAGACGCAAUCGCCAACGUCCCAAAACAGACUGGGCAGCUUCUCCGUUGUCAUACCUUGGUAUGGUAUAAUCAGUUGCCGAGCUGGGUCAGCAGCUCCUUCAGCCGAGACCAAAUGCAGCGCAUCAUUACCUCGCAUAUCCAAAACGUAGCAGGUCACUACAAAGGGCAGUGCUACGCGUGGGAUGUGGUCAACGAGGCCAUGGAAGACGACGGGAAGUUUCGGCAGAGCCCAAUGUAUAAAGCGAUGGGCGUGGACUACAUCACGCACUCGUUCAAGACAGCUGCGCAGACAGACCCCGGCGCCAAGCUCUAUUACAACGACUUUAACAUCGAACGCUGCUGCAACGCCAAGAUCAACGCGACCUUGGUCAUGCUCAAAACUGUGAUAGCAGCGGGAGCACGGGUCGACGGAGUCGGCAUGCAGGGCCACUCGCGGGUGGGCAAAUCACCCUCCAAGCGCGAGCUCAAAGACACAAUGGCCGCCUUCUCGCAGCUUGUCGACGAGCUCGCUUACACCGAGAUCGACAUCCGCCACACCAAGCUACCCACCACUGCAGCAGACCGCGAGCAGCAGGCCAAGGACUACCUCGAGGUCGUCGGGGCCUGUCUCGAAACCCCAAAGUGCGUGGGCAUCACGGUUUGGGAUUUCACCGACCAGUACUCAUGGAUUCCGGGGCAGUAUUCAGGCGAGGGGGAGGCAUGUCUUUGGGACAAAAGCCUGAACAAGAAGCCUGCCUACACCAGCGUGAUCAGCCUGCUCCAAAGUGCGGCAUCGGCGGGUUUGCGGAAGACUCCGGCUCCAACAGCUCCAGUAUCGACUGUGCCUCUUUGCUGCGGCCAAGGUGCCGACAAUCACGACACUAUCGACCUCAUCUCAGAACAGCCAAGGAAACUAAAAUAG